GCGACAUCUUCGUCAAUCCAGUCAACAUCAAGAACCACCUGUUUGGUUUCAUUCCUUUACGCUACGAAUACUACAAUCUACUGAUUAAGCCUACGAAUAGCAUCCCCGAACUCCCGAGCGUCGCACCCGCAAAGAUGGACUUCGCUGCGUUGAUGAACAAGGAGAUGUCGAAGUCCAAGAAGAGCAGCAGCGACAACAAAAAGUUCCUAAAGCGCUCCGAAGUCGAAGCCCAGCGCAAAGAAGCCUAUAUCGCCGAACAAAAAGCCCUCGAGACGGAGCGCGAAGCCAAGGCUGCGGCUAAGCGCAAGCGCGAGGAGGACAUCGCCGCCGAGACCGUCAUCCGCGAGGACAAGCGCCGUAAGCUUGCCGAAGAGUCGCGCAAGCGCCGGGAGGAGCAAGAAUUUGAGGAGGAGCGCGUGCGACGUAAGCGUCUAGGCCUGCCGGAGCUGGUGCGGAAGACGGGCGAGGAAGAGGAGGAAGAUACUGUCGCUGGAGGCGAGGAUAUACCCGAAGAGGAGCUGGUGGCCAAGUUGCGGACCCUGGGCGAGCCAGUGGCACUGUUUGGAGAGGGCCAUGCAUCGCGGUUGAGGCGAUAUAGGAAGUUGACAAGGGUGAUGACCAAGGGGCCGAUCCCGACGACUCUGGAGCUGGUGGAAGAGAAGGACAUGAAGGUUGAUACCAAGGUGCCCCAGGAUCAAGAGGGCCGGAAGUGGCUGUUCCGGCAGCUGGCGAGCUACUUUACAAUGGUUCUCACAGAGUACGAGAGGGCCAUGGAUGCCGAGAAACGGGAGACGAGCGCCAGCAAGACGGCAUACAACGCCAUGGUACAGACUCGCGAAAACAUGAAGCCGCUCUUCCGCAAAUUCGAACAAGGCGACCUCGAAGACUCCAUCAUCGCGCCCGUCAUCGAGAUCGUCCAGGCGCUGCAGGAGCGCCGCUACGUCGACGCCAACGAUGGGUACCUACGUCUCAGUAUUGGCAAGGCAGCAUGGCCCAUCGGAGUCACCAUGGUUGGUAUCCACGAGCGUAGCGCUCGCGAGAAGCUGCACAACGGCGAGAAGGGCCACGUUAUGGGAGACGAGAUCACACGCAAAUACCUGCAGAGCAUCAAGCGCUGCCUCACCUUCGCGCAGGUGCGGUGGCCGCCGACGGAUCUCCGGCAGUUGAUGGGCUGAGGACCGGACGCAGGGGACCAAAACAUGGGGAUGGUCCGCGCGGAGGAGACCAGGCUAGGCUACAAACUACAUUAAUGAUACCCCCGCAAGUUAGACAAAACGGAGCAAGACAAGAACGAUUAAGGAC